AUGAAUAGGACAAUUGACAACGCGAGAGUGUGUGGACGGACACCAAAACCGCCUAUGGCCCAUCCAAAGGACCAGUCUCUCACCCACAUCUCCUCUUUCAAAGCCCUAGAAUUAUCAGAGGAAGUGAAGCUAGGGCAUGGGAAAGAAAAGCUAAAGCAUAAACAAAGGCAGAAAAGCGGCGGAGGUGAAGUUCCUAAAGAAGUAAGCGAGGAUGUACUUACUAGACUUCCUGUUAGGUCUCUUUUUGAAUGCCUACCAGUCUGUAAACGAUGGGACUCCAUCUUAGAGGAUCCAUCUCAUGUCGACAAGCACUUUUCUUGCUCUCUGGCUCGACCUGACAGCAGCCGCAUGUUGGUUUCUUUCUCCAACCUUGAUGGGUCGAAGAACUACUUUUUCUCUGUAGGCCUGUAUGGUGGUUCUGGGGUUCAUCAUCUAACUCUACCUGGUUGCAACAAGGGUCCUAAUAAGCCUUGUCAUUGUCAUGUAACAGAGUCUGUUAAGGGCCAGUUUUGUUUUUUCAAUGGCUGUAGUUUAUUCGUCUGUAAUCCGGCUACAAGGAGCGUUCAACCUAUACCAAAAAGCUUGGAAUUUACUAGGGGGUAUGAAUCUGUCGACACUGUUUUUUACAAGUCUUAUUCUGCUUAUGGAUUUGGGUUUGAUCCUUCUACCAAUGUAUUCAAAGUGUUACAUAUCAUGGGAACCCAACAAACAGGCAUGAAAUUUUAUGAUCUAGAAUGUGAAAUUUAUACUUGUGUUUCCAUCAAUGGUUUUAUAUAUUGGCUAGGAAUGAGUGCCCCAGGUGUAGAAUCCCUAGUGCGGUUCGAUGUUGGAAAUUAUUGCCCUAACGACAACAGUGCUUCCGCUGUUGAGUUGUGGAGGUUAGAUGAUGACGAAAGAUCAAAGUACUCAUGGAUUAAAGAGAGUUUUGAAGUCCCUCGUUCGCACAAGAGGCUGAAACUUCCUGUUCCUUUGGGCAAUAUUUGCAGCAGUGAUUUGUUGCUAGUCGCUGAUACGCCAUCUUAA